UAAAUAUAUUUAGUUUUAAGUGAAUGAUAAUUGCUUUACAAUAUUGUGUUGGAUUCUGCCAUACAGCAACAUGAGUCAGCCGCAGGUAUACAUAUCUCCCUUCUCUCUGGAACCUCUCCCACCCCUCUAGGAACAUCACUCUAUUGUAGAUAGAAAAAAAUAGGUGCCUUUGUUAAAAUCAUAAACUGCAACUAUUAAUGUUUGGUAAUACCAGAUUUGAGAAUGAAACCUAAUUCUUAUGAAAAAGAAAACUCUUACAAACAAGGCCCCUUCUCCACAAAUCUCAUAAUAUUAAAAGUAAAAAAAGAAAAAUCUUUCGAAAUGAACGAAUCCUGUAAUAAUCAAGUACAAAAGAUGUGGCUUAUAUUUUUCUUUAACAUUCAGCAAUUCCUUGAAACUUUACAAACAUUAGAAAUUCUCAGUUUCUAUAUCUUUUUUCCCCAUAGUAUAUAUAAAUUAAAAUAGCAAGGAGCGUAAAGAAAAAGAGUUUUAGAGGCAACUAAUAAUUCAAAUGACAUGGGAAAACUGAAAGGGAGACCUGAAAGUGGGAAAUUCCUCUCAAAUAGUAAGAAUGGAGGGCCACCCUGUAUAAGUAGCCCACACUCAAGGAGGAAGGACAUGCACUCUGCAAACUCCUGAAGACUCAGCUUCAGCACCUACUAGCAGAACAGGCAGCCCUGGGCCUGAUUUCACCAUGACCUACCGGUGCCUCCUCCAGAUGGUUCUCCUGCUGUGUCUCUCCACCACAGCUCUUUCCAGGAGCUACAGCUUGCUUCGAUUCCAACAAGGGCGGAGCCUUGAGGUGUGCCAGAACCUCCUGUGGCAGUUACCUUCAACUCCUCAGCAUUGCCUCGAGUUCAGGAUGGACUUCCAGAUGCCUGAGGAGAUGAAGCAAGCACAGCAGUUCCGGAAGGAAGAUGCCGUAUUGGUCAUGUAUGAGAUGCUCCAGCACAUCUUCAAUAUUCUCACCAGAGACUUCUCCAGCACUGGCUGGUCUGACACCAUCAUUGAGCACCUCCUUGAGGAACUCUAUGGGCAGAUGAAUCGUCUGGAGCCAAUCCAGAAGGAAAUAAUGCAGAAGCAAAACUCCACUAUGGGAGACACGACCGAUCUUCACCUGAGGAAAUAUUACUUCAACCUCGGGCAGUACCUCAGGUCCAAGGAGUACAACAGGUGUGCCUGGACAGUCGUGCAAGUGCAAUUGCUCAGGAACUUUUCUUUCCUGAAGAGCCUAACAGGUUACCUCCGGGACUGAACAUCUCCCACCUGUGGCUCUGGGAAUGGACAA